CGGCUGGCGCCCGCCCGCCCUCCCGCACCUCCGCGUCUCCCUCCUCUGGCAGAGCCAGGCUUCCCACAAGAUGGCGGGGUCGGUGGCAGAGAGGGACGCGGUGAAAAUAGAAGACGGGCAUUUGAACAACUCAUUGGGAUCUCCUGUGCAAGCAGAAGUGUAUUUUCCACGCCUGAUUGUCCCAUUCUGUGGGCACAUCAAAGGAGGAAUGAGGCCCGGCAAGAAAAUCUUGGUAAUGGGCAUUGUGGAUCUCAACCCAGAGAGUUUUGACAUCAGUCUCACAUGUGGGGACUCAGAGGAUCCUCCUGCUGACGUAGCUAUUGAACUGAAAGCCAUAUUCUCGGACAGACAGUUUCUCAGGAAUUCUUGUGUAUCUGGUGAAUGGGGAGAAGAACAAUCAUCUCUUCCUUACUUUCCAUUUAUUCCAGACCAGCCCUUUAGGGUUGAAAUACUUUGUGAACACCCUCGUUUUAGAAUAUUCGUGGAUGGACACCAGCUUUUUGAUUUUUACCACCGCAUUGAGAAGUUGUCAGCUAUUGAUACGAUAAAGAUAAAUGGAGAUCUCCAACUUACUAAACUUGGUUGACCUUGUUUUCAUAUUCAAAAGCAAAAACAAUCAGAUAAAGAUAUAAACCAAAAUUUUAAGAUUCCAAAUUGGCUCAGAUGCCGUCCACAUCUGUCUGAAGGAGCAGAGACAAGCAACCCUUGAGCAGCUUCCCUCUAGGGCAGGCACCACCGUUUUGCUCCUGUAAGCAGCAAAGAACAUACUGAUGGACUGAAGUACUGUUUAUCCUGAUGAAGAAAGCAAUUGAUGAUUACUUGAUACUGAGCCGUGCCCCAUUUUUCUUUGGCACUAAAUAGCCUAUGCCUGCUGGAUAAUCAAAUUAUAGUGGAUACUGAAAGAGUUACUUCAUUGUCUAUAAACUGCAGAAGCUAUUGACAGGACAGUUUUAAGUGCUAAAUGUAUUAUUAAAUGACAAGGGAAACAUUUUCUUUUGGAAAUAUUUCUGCUGCACUUAAGUGGGUUAAUGUAAGUGUAACACAGAUCACAAAGAGGGUUAAAUGUGGAAGUCAUUAUUCAGUGCCUAAUGCUGGUCUCCUUAACACCAAUGGCAAAAAGUCCUGUGGACUCUAAUGGCAUGUUAUUAGCUAGACACAAUGGCUCCGGUCCUGUCUCAACACACACAUCCCAUUGAAUCAAGUGGACUUGGGUGUGUGUUUAAUUGUGCAUUGGAUUGCAGCCAGUUACCAUUGUGGUUUCUACUUUGGGGAGUUACCGGUAGUUGUCAAGGGAAGGGUCAAAACUGAGUAAUGGCUUCUGGAUUUGGCUUUCAUAUGAUAGUCAGGGUAUGUGCAUAGAAUGUAGGUCAUUAAAUGUUUUUGCACAAUAUAAUAUUAUUACAAUUUUUUAAA